AUGGGUGGUAAUGAAGGAGAAAAGGGUGGCAAUAGCAUUACUGUGACAUGGGAGAAUUUGGAGGCCAUUGUUACAAAUGGAAAGAAUAGAAAACUAAUUCUGCAGGGACUUACAGGUUAUGCCCAGCCAGGGAAGCUUCUGGCUGUGAUGGGUCCUUCAGGCAGUGGCAAAUCAACACUCCUUGACGCAUUAGCAGGAAGAUUGAAAUCAAACAUACAUCAAUCAGGGAAGAUUCUAAUCAACGGCAAAAAACAAACACUGGCUUAUGGAACAUCAGGCUAUGUAACACAAGAUGAUGCUAUGCCGGCAACUUUAACAGCUAGCGAAACUUUAUACUACUCAGCUCAACUUCAAUUUCCAAACUCAAUGUCAAUAGCAGAGAAGAAGAGACAAGCAGAUAUCACACUCAGAGAAAUGGGCCUGCAAGAUGCUAUUAACACAAGGGUUGGAGGGUAUGGUUCUAAGGGCCUUAGUGGAGGGCAAAAGAGGAGACUAAGCAUUUGCAUUGAGAUGCUAACACGCCCUAGACUUCUUUUUCUUGAUGAACCAACUAGUGGACUUGAUAGUGCUGCUUCCUAUUAUGUUAUGAGUAGAAUUGCAAGUUUAAGUCUAAGGGAUGGUAUUCAAAGGACAAUUGUUGCAUCCAUCCAUCAGCCUUGUAGUGAAGUUUUUGAACUGUUCCAUGACCUCUGUCUUCUUUCCUCUGGGGAGACAGUAUAUUUUGGUAAAGCUUCUGAAGCAAAUCAGUUUUUUGCUUCAAAUGGUUUUCCUUGCCCAACUCUCUAUAAUCCUUCUGAUCACUACUUACGGGUCAUAAACAAAGAUUUCGAACAGGACAUUGAAGAAGGCUUUGGUAAGGGAGUUAUUACUGAAGAAGCAAUUGGUAUCCUUGUAAAAGCUUAUAAGGCUUCUGAAAUGAAAAGUCAAGUUCAGCUUGAAGUGACAAAAAUUAGUGAAUGCGAUUUGGGUGCAAUAAGGAAUAAGAGGACUCACGCUCCAUUUCUGACUCAGUGCAUUGUUCUUAUAAAAAGAUCUUCCCUGCAACUGUAUCGUGACAUCAGCAACUACUGGUUACGUCUUGUUGUCUUUAUUGCAAUAGCUAUAAGCCUAGGCUCUAUCUUCCAUCACGUCGGCUCAAGUAGUCGAUCUAUUCAGGUCAGAGGAUCGCUACUUUCAUUUUUUAUGUCAGUCCUGACUUUCAUGACACUUGUUGGUGGAUUCUCUCCCUUGAUAGAGGAAAUGAAGGUGUUUGAACGAGAGAGAAUGAACGGGCACUAUGGCAUUACAGCUUUUCUCAUCGGCAACAUAUUAUCUCCUAUUCCUUACAUGCUAAUGAUCUCUCUCAUUUCUGGAGUAAUAGUGUGUUACCUUUCUGGACUACACAGAGGACUAGAGCAAUAUCUAUACUUUGCGUCUAUCCUAUUUGCCAUUAUGAUGUGGGUUGAAAGCCUUAUGAUGGUUGUGGGGAGUAUCGUCCCAAAUUUUGUGAUGGGUGUGAUCAUUGCUGGUGGAGUUGAAGGACUUGCAAUUUUAACAGCUGGAUUCUAUCGACUUCCUGAUGAUCUUCCAAACCCAUUAUGGAAGUAUCCUUGCUACUACAUUUCCUUCCUUACAUACGCUUUCCAAGGAUCAUUCAAGAAUGAAUUUGAAGGCUUAAUGUUCGUUUGGCAUCAAAAUGGAGGUACCGUAACCGUUAGUGGUAGGGAUAUACUAACUGAUACAUGGCAUGUGCAAAUGGAUCAUUCUAAGUGGGUUGAUCUUGCUAUCAUGUUUGGAAUGAUUGUUGUUUAUCGAAUUUUAUUCUUGCUCAUCAAUAAGAUCAAGGAGAAGUCAAAACCUACUGUCCGUACCAUAAAUGGACCCCGGCCAAAAACUUUUUCUAGAACCAAUAUGCCGGAUGAACUCUAA